AUGGAUAAAUCGGCGAUCCCCAGCCAUCAAUACCUCUUGACCGGUACUUUGUCCAAGGCGCACAACCGCAAUCCAUCCAACGCUGCGUUUAACGAAUCUACUCAAACCGAUAGCCUUGGCUGGUUGGCAGGGGUCUCCACAUUGGCUAUCAGUGAGAAACUCGCUUGCUGGGUGGCUUUCCGUCCCAACGUGUCGGAUCACCAAUCAACGCUAAAUGCAGCGGACCGCCAAUGGCCCCAGCGCCCUGGCUAA